AUGAUUUCAUCUGAAGGGGAGGAUGAAAACCCAAAGAACGAGGAGAAAAUUUGCUCACAAGUUUUAGGCUAUAGGUCAGAGUACAUACGUGGCCGUGGGUCUGGUCCAAAGCCGAACUCAUCCUCAUCCAAACAGUAUUAUAGGGCCGAGUUGGAGGCAGCUAAUAGAAGAGCCAAUGAGUUGGCUGAGCAACUUAAUUCUCAUCAGUUGAAGAUGAAUAAGAUGAGGGAUGAAUUUAGGACAUCACCAAAAGCAACAAAUGACCUUGUGCAAGCAAUGAUGGAACAAUUACAUAAUGAGGGACUUAUUUCUCCUCUGUCAUGGUAA